AUGUUUAUUAUUAAUUUCAUAUCAGUUAACAUUUCAUCAGGUUCUGGCUGGUACUCUUGUAACCGUUACGAUGACGAUGCUGGGAAAAAAGCUCGAGAUGCUCAGGAACGUUCGCGUGCUGCUUUACAACGUUAUCUUCACUACUAUAACCGAUACUCAAACCACCAUAAUUCAUUAAAAUUAGAACGAAAGCUUUUUGAGAAAGUUAGUGAAAAGGUUGAGCAAAUGCAACAACUUGGAUUCUCAUGGAUUGAAACUCAGUUCUUGCAAAAAGCUGUGGAAGUGCUUGUUGAAUGUAGACGCACACUUAUGUAUACUUAUGUUUUCGCCUUCUACUUAAAGCAGAAUAAUAUCACCAAACUUUUUGAGGAUAACCAAAGUGACCUUGAACUUGCUACUGAACAGCUAAGCGAAUAUUUGGAACGAGAUUUGCCUGAGGACAAAGAUUUGGUGACCGUAAAGCAAAAGGUGCAAGACAAAUAUAGAUAUGUUGAACAGCGGCGACAAAUUCUUCUGACACAUUGUAAUGAGGGCUAUGAGAAGAACGAAUGGGUUUUUUGUCCGGCAACACUUGACAAUAAGAUUGAGUUCAAGCGGGUUUAG